AUGACUCCCGCAAAUGGCAGGAUGCGCUCUCAACGGCUGACGAUCCUGCUUGCGAUCGUCUUCGUCGCCUGCUUCUCCCUCUUCUACCUCCGUCCCGCCGAACAAGCUCCCCCAGAGCCCCCAGUCGACUUGCCUCCCCCCGAGCCGAUCAAACACCCUCAGCUCCAAGCCGGCAAGACCUCCUACCCCCCGGAGAAGGUGCACCCAAUCUCGAACUUGAUCGGCAAUGCGCAGCACACAUUCGACAAUGUCCGCUCCAGCCAGUCGAAAACCCUGGCCGAUGCUGUGCAGGAGUACAAACGCCGCUACAAGAUGCACCCGCCACCGCACUUCGACAAAUGGUUUCAGUUCGCUCAGUCCAAGGGCGUGCAGCUAAUUGACGAGUUCGACUCGAUCUAUCACUCCCUGCUCCCCUUCUGGGCUGUCAAGCCGCAGACAAUCCGCGAGCGCGCCCGCGAGACACUCGGAUUCGAUAACGCGGUGAUUGGUCUGCUGAUUCGCGAUGGUAAGGUGACUCUGACGGACGGUGGAGGUGAUGGACGCAAAUGGCAGCGCGAUGCUACCGUUGGCAUGAUGAAGGACUUUGUGAAGUACCUCCCGGAUAUGGAUCUGGUCUUCAACACGCACGACGAGCCCCGCGUUGUGAUCCCCGGCGACGAUCUCCAGCGCCUCGUGCAAACCGCAACGGAUCGUGCUAUCCCGUCUAAUUUCCAAAAGAAGACUCCGACGAACGCGUGGUCUGCGCGGGCCUCGGACCUGAACAAAGGCGACCGCAUCGACGAGGUGCGCACGACUCGCUUCAACCGAUUCGCUCACCAGCCGACCUGGACCAAUUCUCGCAUUUCCUGUCCUGUCGAUAGCCCUGCCCGAUCGCUCGAUGAAGCGGAACCGGAUAACAUCGACCCAUACGCAUACGGCGAAUUGGGCUUCAUCUACAACACCACCGCGUUCACCGAUAUCUGCCUAACUCCUUCCCUCCGCUACACCUACGGAUUCUUCGAUCGCCCGAAUGCCUUUGACGUCGUGCAUGAUUUGUUCCCCGUCUUCUCGCAGAGCAAGAUCUCAAGCUUCCAGGAUAUCCUUUACCCCAGUCCUUGGUACUGGGUGGAGAAGGUGCCGUACGAGAAACACAAGGAUUAUAACUGGGACGCCAAAUCUGAUCGGAUGUACUGGCGCGGUUCUACAACUGGUGGUUUCUCGCGUGCCGGUGGCUGGCGCCGCCAACACCGACAGCAGUUUGUUGACAAUGUCAACUCUUUGGAAUCAUCCAAGAUUCUGGCCCGUCAACCGGACAGCUCGUGGGUUUCGCAGGAUGUCAGCCGCGACGCCUACCGUGAUAACUUCGACGUGAAGUUCACAUUCAUUGGCCAGUGUGACCCGGAUGAUUGCCACGCCCAGCAGGAGUACUUCGAUGUAGUCAAGCCUGCCGGACAACAGGAUGCAUGGGCCCACAAAUAUCUGGUUGACGUGGACGGCAAUGCUUUCAGCGGCCGAUUCUACGCCUUUUUGCUCAGCAACAGCUUCGUAUACAAAAUUGCGCUGUUCCGCGAGUGGCACGACGAGUGGCUCAAACCGUGGGUACACUACGCUCCACUCGGCCUGAAAGGUAACGAGUAUGUGGAAAGUAUGCGGUACUUUACCACCGAGGAGGAGGGCAAGCAAGCGGCCUCCCAAAUUGCGGUCUCGGGACAGCAAUGGGCACAAAAGGUAUUGCGGAAUGAAGACUUGGAGGUCUGGUUCUUCCGUCUACUUCUGGAAUACGGACGUCUUGUGGACGACAACCGCGAUCAACUAGGAUUCUCCCUCUGA